AAUGGAUAGCAAGGAGGAACAUAUUAUUAUUUAGAAAUAUUAAUGAUUACUGAUAGAAAAAUGGUGAAAAGAUAGUGUAAUCGUGAGUGCAUAGUUCAAUGUAUGAUAAUAUCAUAAAAUAAUUUAGUUUUAAUAAGAAAUAAAGGCAAAAAAAUAAAAUAUAAAAUUGUCGCGAUUAGGGGGAAGAGAAAAAAGUAAGAAAUGAAUAGAAAAACACUAAAAAGCUCUUAAAAAUUAAUUAAAAUUAUUUAAUAAGUGUGCUUAUCGACAUAAAUUGAAGCAAGUCUUCAGUUCUGACGGGCUCAGCAAAUUUAUUUCAAUUGUAUUGUAUUACAAGUUGAAGUCAUUUAAUUUUUGAGGUCUUUGACCUUACACUAUCCAUACAUCCAAGCGCAAACUAGAAAAAAAAAAUCACCAAAAACAAGAGCAUUAUACAAAGCGCAGACAAACAUAGGAAAAAAGAAGAAAGAGAAAAAUUACAGCAUUGUGUAAAUAAACUUGAAAAGAGAAAAAAAUGGCAUUUCACAAUCCGGAAAUAUUUAAAGAUUUGAAAUUACAUUCACCGUCAGAUGCGGAACCAUUUGUUUAUAAAUGGCCUCUCUCGGUUGGCAUUGGUCCUGAUAAGCACGAUAGUGGACUUGAAAUUAUUGAAUCUGUAAAAUUAGUAUGUGAGGAUAUACCUGAAAUUAAAUCGGCUCUGGAUGAUAUUCCUUUAAAUGAAAUAGAUACAAAUGAUUAUGAUGCAAUGAAAACCUUCUGUGACCGAUUUAAUAGAGCUAUUGAUAGUAUUAAGUCACUUGAAAAGGGAACUUCACUGCCUGUUAAGAGAUAUACACUGCCAUCGAGAAAUAUGCUUCGGCAUAUAGUUCAACAAGUGUACAAUUAUGCGGUGUCUGAGCCAGAGAAAUUAAAUCAAUAUGAGCCGUUUUCACCUGAAGUUUAUGGUGAAACAAGUUUCGAUUUCAUUAGUCAAAUGGUUGACGAGAUUAAUAUAACGGAGGAUGAUGUUUUUAUUGACCUUGGAAGUGGUGUUGGUCAAGUUGUUUUGCAAGUAGCAGCUUCAACGCGCGCAAAAUAUUGCGUUGGCAUUGAAAAGGCCGAUGUACCAUCUAGAUAUGCAGAGAAUAUGGAUUCACAUUUUCGCACUUGGAUGAGAUGGUUUGGGAAAAAGUAUGGUGAAUAUCAAAUCCUCAAAGGAGACUUCUUGGCAGACGAACAUCGUGAGAAAAUCAUGUCUUCAUCAGUUGUGUUUGUAAAUAACUUUGCAUUCGGUCCAAAUGUUGAUCAUCAACUUAAAGAGCGAUUCGCUGAAUUAAAGGAUGGUGCUAAAAUUGUUUCCUCAAAAAGUUUCUGUCCACUCAAUUUUCGAAUUACAGACCGAAAUCUUAGUGACAUCGGAACAAUCAUGCAUGUGAAAGAAAUGACACCACUGAAAGGUUCUGUGUCAUGGACUGGUAAACCUGUAUCAUAUUAUCUUCACACAAUCGAUCGCACAAAACUUGAGAAUUACUUCCAAGGUCUUAAAACAAAAGGAAAUGGAAAUGGAGAUGGCAAUGGCAAGACUCGCAGAAGUCGUGACUACAACAAGCAAACGAGCAAUUCUACAUCCGAAAGUGAAGAUGAAUUUAUGGCUGGUGCAACAACAAGACGAACGUGGACAGAUAUUUGUAAAGUUGUAAGUAGCCAUUCGGAGGAUGAAACAAAUGAUAAGAAAAAGAAGUUGAAUAAGGGAAAGAAAACUGUAGCAGCCAAAAAAGCUGUUGCUAAAGGACGUAUUCGAAAGCCAAAAUUGAAGAGACCAAUAAAGAUUUCUGGACUAGAUUUGUUACAUUCUCAGACUUUAUUUAGUACCUCAGAUCAAGCUAUUGGUAUUCGUUUGCCAGCUGCAGCUGGUUGUAUAGAUGAACAACUUACAAACUAUGCUGGAACAAUGACUCAUGAAGAAUUAGAUGUACCUGAUCCUUCAACAGAACCUCCAUAUGGUUUGAAAAUUUUACUUGAUGUAUAUAAAGCUCAGUUUAUGAGUUUCUUAGACAAUAUGAGAUCAGCAUCGUUUAAAGAAAACCUCCAUCGUCAAAUUGAAAAUGAACGAGAAAAGAACAAGAGACUUCUCAAUAGAACAGGACAGCUAGAGAAGCAAAUAAAAGUUUUGGUUGAAGAUAGUGUUGUUUUACUAAAAGCUCGAAUGCAGGAGCUUGGAAUUAAUACUAGUAGUCAAAAUGAUUUGCUGUGUAAGGCUAAAGAAAUUGUUGGAAAACACAAAGAACUCCAAAUAAUGGCUAAUAAAAUUCAAACACAAGUGAAUACACUAGAAGAAGAGCAUAAUAGCAUAUUAGCAAUUCAUGUCAAGAAGCUCGCUGAAAAACAUUCUAAACAAUCAAUGGAUUUUGAAUUGGCAUCAAAGGAUUCACAUGAUUUGGUCUUAAAAGAAAUCGAAAAUACGUUCAAUCAACGAAAGAAUUUAAGAAAUAAAAUUUCCUCACUUGAAGCUGAAUUGGCAAUGAUUGAAAAAGCAAAUGAGGAUCGAAAGCAAUCAGCUGUAAAUAUUACACCAGUCGAAGCUCAGAUUAAGAAUAAUCAAGCAAACGUUACUAUUUCUGUGAAUGUUCCUAAACCAAAUAUUGGAUCAGUUCCGUCAAAAGCAUCGAGAAAAAGUCGUGAACAUCGUGCUAAAGCUCAUGAGUGGCCCGAAAUUCCAGAGAUCUCAAAGAUAGAAGAGAAAAAUCCUGAAAUACUGGCUCAAAAAAUACUCGAAACAGGUCGCCAAAUCGAGGCUGGAAAGUUCCUUACAACAAAUGAAAAACCAAGAAAAGCUGAAAAUGUACAAAAUUAUACCAAAAAAGGGCAACUUUCUCAGCAACAGCAGCAGCAUCAACAAGCACAGCAGUUACAAUCCAUUUUGCCAAUUAAGAACGAAAUGAUGCAAAUUAGUAAUGCUCAAAAAGGUUCUAAUAAAUCUGUAAAUAUUUCUAUAGCUGGACAGCAGCAAAUGCAUUCACUUCCAAAAGCUGGUGGAUCCUCAAAGAAAGUUGCUGAAUCACAUAAAGUGGUUAAUUUUGAAGAUCGCUUAAAAAGCAUUAUAACUUCUGCCUUGCAAGGCCAAGAUCAAAUUCAAGGUGCACAAAUUCAACAGCAGCAGCAGCAGCAACAACAACCUCAGUUGCAACAAAAACCACCAAUUCAUCAGCAUCAACAAGCUUCAUCAACUAAUAUUAGUCCAAAGAAAAUGUCACAUCAAUCGACACCUUAUCCAUAUAGCGUUCAUCCUCAACAACAGCAAUCAAAUCAGAUGCUUACAAUCAAUACAAUGAGUAAUUCGGGAAAUCCUUCACCACAGAAUCAUUUACAAGCAACUAUUUCCCCAACUCAUUCAUCUCCAAUGAAAUCGCAAAGGCAAGUAGUGCCUCUUCCACAAAUGGCUCCACAUUUACCACAAGAUCACGUUCGUGAACAUGUAAUGGCACAGCAUCAACAAGAAUCUACAUACGCACAAUUAAAAAGAAAUGAACAUAUGCCAAAUUUCGCAAAAGUCAUGAAUAUUAUUCAUCAUGACUCGCCGAAAAUGUACCAACGUCAUCCUCCUUCAAUGCCACCAACUAUGAUUCAGCAGCAGCAUCCACAAAACCAAUUUAUGCAAAGAGAACGUGAAGGCCCUAUGUUAUAUCAACAACGACCAAUGGCUGAAGACAAGAGAGAAUUCAAAACACCAGACAAUGUUAGAAGCCAAGAGAUGGGACGAAGCUCAGUUGGAUCAAUCGAAAACGAAUACAUAAACAGUGGUAGUAAUAGUAGUAGUAAUAAAUCGCAAACACAACGAUCUAGUUCUUCUUUAUCACAACCAGAUUAUACACAAGUAUCACCAGCGAAAUUGGCCCUCCGACGUCACUUAUCACAAGAAAAACUUGCUCAACAUCAAGGACCAUCCUCAGGACAACUUACUACAAAGACUAUCGGAGACUUCAUAAACAGUGAAAUCGAGAAAACUUUAGAAAUUACACCUCAGUCAAUUAUCAACGCAGUUAUUCAUCAUAACAUGCCAAGUAACUCAAGAAUGCAUCCAGAUUCAAUAAUGGAUUGUAGCAUAAAUCAAGAGAGGGAAAUGGAACAUCAUCAUCCAUAUGCUACUCUUAAACCAACUUCAAAUAAGCCGCAACAGCAGCAGCAGCAACCAGGACCGUACAUGCAUUAUAUUGAUCAUCAUCGUCAAGCCAAUGUUAAAAUGUUACCGAUGUCGUCAAAGUAUGUUGCUUCGACGUCAUCACAAAAUGUUAGAAAAAGUGCAAUAUCCACACCUCCUUUACGAAUGCAUGAAGAUCAAAUGAAUUAUAUGGGUGGAUCAAAAUCACCUGAUCGACAUCCGGAAAGUAGUUAUAAGAUUGAUACAAAGAUGUUUACAUCAAAUAUCGGUAUGUCAAUGAGAAAGGAUGAAAUGAAGGAAAAAAUGCCAAAUGUUGAACAUGAGCCACCUUUAGAAGGUUUGGCAGCGUCUUUAAGACAACAUGUUAUUGCUUCCAUGAAAAUUAAGGAAGAAUCUGAAACUGAGCCAAAAUUUCCGACUUAUCAGAUGCCUUAUCCUCACAUCAUCAAGAAGGAAUCAUCUAAUCGAAUAAAAAGAGCAUCUCCUGUAGUCCUUCAACGACAAGCAGGUCCCAUGUACAAUGAAAUGAAUGAAGAAAUGAUGUUCCCCGUUGGUCCUUCAUCAACAGGAAGCAAUGAACGAAAUUUAACACCACUAAGUCGCCAUCACCGAGUAGAUGAAGAUGAUAUGGGUGACGAUGAUGAUAUUCAAUGGCAAGAGGAAUUUAAAGUUCGUGUAUCAUCAGGUUUUGAUCGACUUGUUGCAUUUGCUGCGACAGAAUUAAAUCGUCGAUCGGUAGAAGAAGGCAAUGUUAGUCCGAAACGCGAAAUGUCCUAUGUUGACUAUAGAUCUUCGCAUAUGAAGAAAGAGGACGUACGUAAAAUGAAAACAGAUCGUGAUUAUCCGGCAGAUUUGAGUAAUGAGCGUCGCAUGCGAAUGAUGAUUGAAGAAAAUCGUAAGAGUAGUAAGCAUCAUUUGGAUGAUUAGCAUAGAAGAUAUUUUUAAAAACUGCCAUUAGAAUGAUUAAUGAACAUUUUUCAUUAAAUCACCACAAAUUAAUAAUUUAGAAAUCUUUAAAAAAAAUCUUAAAAAGCAAUUUUACCAUAAAAUGUAAGGAACAUACACAAUAUUAAAUUUAUAGUACGAAUAGUCUCGCCAUAAUACAUAGAAUAUGUACUUUUAUUUGGAAUAAUCUUUUGUUUUUAGAAAAAAAGGA